AUGCAUCUUCGGCCCGACCACACCGUGCGGGACCUCCCAACGCUGCACGCGUUUAUCCACGCCCACCCUCUAGGCGUUCUGACCACGUCGCUUCCCUCGGAGAAUUACCCGACGUUGCAGUGCAGUCAUAUCCCAUGGGUCGUUGACUCGGAAAACACCACAAUAUCAACAGAUGCACCCAAUUCCAGCAACAAGCCACUUCUCGGCGGACUCCGUGGACACAUCGCGCGACAAAACCCACAGAGCAAAGCGAUAGUAGAAGCCGCGACAGAAUCACCAACGAAACAUACAAUCCCGGGGGAGGUGUUGAUCAUCUUCACCAGUCCCGUGGACCACUACAUAACACCGCAUUUCUACACGGAAUCGAAACUCGGGACAGGCAAAGUGGCUCCGACGUGGAAUUAUGCCGCGGUGCAAGUCUAUGGCCGCGCCACAAUCUACCACGAUUCAAAGGAUGAGGCGACAGGCGCCUUUCUGCACCAACAACUGUCGGAUCUAGCGCGGUUGGGCGAGGAGGGUGUCAUGGGGUACCAGAAGGAUGCGCAGACGACGCCACAGCCGUGGAAAAUCGCCGAUGCGCCGGAACAGUAUAUUGCCUUGCUGAAGAAGAAUAUUGUUGGCAUGCACAUUGAGAUUACUCGCAUUGAGGGCCGGUUUAAGGUUAGUCAGGAGCGCCCUGUUCAGGACCGCGCCGGGGUCGUCGAGGGUCUAGAGGCAAUAGAUAGUGAACAGGCCCGGAAGAUGGCUGGUUUUGUGAAGAAGGGAGAAGUCAUACCUCCCCAGAAAUAG